GGGCUCUCAGAGCGGGCAGGGUUUCAAGGGGAAAUGGCUGGUUUCCUCUCAGACCUGGUUCAAUACCGAAGGCUGUUGCUGAUGAUUGUGGUGCUGGGGAUUGGUGGAACCCACCUCUCUGGUUUCCAAAUGUCUGUCAUCAAUUACACUUCUCCGUACAUUCAGAAGUUUAUCAAUGAAACUUGGCUGGAGCGAUACGGUUCUGCGCUGCCUCAGGAGACCCUGAUGCUGCUGUGGUCCCUCAUCGUGUCUGUGUACUGCAUGGGUGGCAUGAUAGGGUGUCUGUGGAGUGGCUACCUGACUGCAAAAUUUGGAAAGAAGAAAAGUCUGCUGCUCAACGACGUGGUGCUGAUAACAGCAGCGCUGCUCACUGCCUGCAGCAGGAGAGCCAAGGCCUUUGAGAUGAUCCUGGCUGGGCGCUUCCUCGAGGGCAUGGCUGCUGGAAUACAUAUGAAUGCCCAUGUUCAGUAUGCUGGAGAGAUCUCACCUAAGAAGCUGCGUGGACUUAUAAACGUGACCUCCACAGUGUUUCUUGCACUAGGAAAAACUGUAGCACGAAUUCUUGGAUUAAGAGAACUUUUAGGAACUGAAGACAUGUGGAAUGUGCUAUUGUCCUUCUCUGGGCUGGUGGCAUUGAUUCAACUGAUCUUUUUGCCAUUCUUUCCUGAGUCCCCGCCCUAUCUCUUGCUGCAAAAAGAAGACAAAGCUGGUUGCUUGAAAGCCAUGAAGCAACUCUGGGGAGAAGGGAAUUAUCACACAGAAUUUGAUGACUUGAUGAAGGAAAAGGCUAUAACAAAAGGCACCAAAAUCAUGAAUGUCCUAGAGGUGCUGAGAGAACGAUCUGUGCACCCACAGCUGUGUACCAUGCUCCUCCUUUUGCUGAGCCUGCAGCUCUGUGGCCUGAGUGCAAUCACCUUUUACACCUCAGAAAUUUUUGAAACAGCCAACCUCCAGGAAAGCAUAAUCCCAUAUGUAUCUCUAGGAGUUUCAAUCUCUGAACUCAUCUCUAUCAUAUUCUGUGAUCAGUUCCUCUGGCUGCGGUACUGCAGUGUUAUUCUCAUCUUUCUGUUCAUCAUUGCUUAUGGACUAGGACCAGCCGGCCCUCAGGCAGAGAUGACUGGUUUCCUUUCAAACCUGGUUCAGUACCGGGGGCUCUUUCGCAUGAUCACUGUCCUGGGGAUCGGUGGCACAUUCCAAAUCGGCUUUCAAAUUUCUACCAUCACCUACAUGUCUCAGCAUGUGAAGGCUUUCAUCAAUGAAACUUGGCUGGAGCGCUAUGGCUAUCCCAUCCAGCAGGAUAACCUCCUGCUGCUGUGGUCUAUCACUGUGUCCAUCUUUGGCAUAGGAGGUCUCUUGGGUUCUUCAGGAAGCAGAUACCUCACUGUCAAAUUUGGCAAAAAGAAAUGUCUCUUGUGUAACAACGUGCUGAUGAUAGUGGCAGCAUCUAUCAUGGGCUGCAGUAAAAUAUCCCAGUCCUUUGAGAUGAUUCUAAUUGGACGCUUCAUGUGUGGAGUAAGUGCAGGUCUUUGUGUUCCUCUACAUCACCAAUAUGUUGGAGAAAUUUCCCCUAGGAAGCUCCGUGGAUUUGCAAACUCUACUUCCUCUUUCUUUUGGACGUUGGGAAAAGCCAUAGGGCAAAUUUCAGGACAAAGGGAGCUGCUGGGCAGCCAGUCACUGUGGCCCGUGCUGAUGGCCUCCUGUGGCCUCCCAGCACUGGUCCAGCUGGUCACACUUCCCUUCUUCCCAGAGUCCCCACCCUAUCUCCUCAUGCAGAAAGGAGACCAGGAAGGCUGCAAAAAAGCCAUAAGGCAGCUUUGGGGUGAAGGCCAACACCAAGCAGAGAUUGAUGACAUCAUGAAAGAGAAAGCAACAAUGAAAAACACCAAGAUCUUGAGUGUCCUGGAACUAGUGAAAGAACCAGCUUUCCGUUGGCAGCUGUACAUGAUAGUUACCCUGACCGCCACAAUUCAGCUAUGUGGCAUCAAUGCAAUUUAUUUUUAUACUUUUGAAGUCCUCCAGGCAGCUGGCUUUGAUGAAAAAAUGGCCUCCUAUAUGACCCUCUCUAUUGGACUCUCUGAACUUGUAGCUGCUGUAGUCUGUAGCUCCAUCAUUGAGAGGCUGGGCAGGAAAGUGCUCCUAAGAGGAGGCUACUGGAUCAUGGGUUCACUGCUAGCUGCUAUCACUGUGACUCUGUCCCUGCAGGACUGGUACUUCUGGAUGCCAUACUGCAGCCUUGCUCUCAUUAUCCUGUUUACAGUUGUCUUUGCUGUUGGGCCAGGUGGUGCCACAGUUUCCACCAGGGUUGAAAUUUUCAAGCUGUCCUGCAGACCCCCUGCCUUCGUGAUCAGCGCCGUUCUGAACUGGCUGGGGGUGUUUGUGAUCGGCACCACGUUCCCGUUCAUCGUGGAAAGACUGAAGCACUUCUGCUUCCUCAUCUUUAUGGUGGUACUUUUCACUUCAGGGAUGAUUAUCCACCUGUUCCUUCCAGAAACAAAAGGGAAAUCAAUCAUGGAAAUCACAGAAGAAUUCAAUAAGCUAAACUUUAAAAACAAGCAUAUUCCAGCGACUCCAAAUCAUGUCACAGAGGAUUAUACCUUCUGCACCAGGCUUUGA